UUGCAGGAUAUGAAGCGCCACUUUUAAAUGGUCAAUUUUCAUGAAACUUGCUGACAAAGUUGCAGCUGUUGGGUAUUAUGUGGUUGUUCCUGACCUCUUAGAGGGUGACCCCUUUAAGCCUGAUGGUUCUCUCGAUAACUUACCUAUUUGGUUAAAAGAUCAUGGACCCGUGGAGAAAGGUGCUGAAGGUUCAAAACCCGUAAUUGAAGCCUUAAAAAGUAAAGGGUUUUCAGCAAUCGCUGGUGUUGGUUUUUGUUGGGGUGCUAAGGUCGUGGUUGAACUUGCCAAAUCCAGACUGAUCCAAACAGCAGUGCUGUUGCAUCCAUCAUUUGUCUCUGUGGAUGACUUCAAGGUUGUUGAUACUCCAAUUGCUAUACUUGGAGCCGAGAGUGACAAAUAUUGUCCUCCAGAGCUUGUGAAAGAAUUUAUAUUAUUUCAGUAAGCUCGUGAUGCAAAUGAGCCAGACUCUCCUUUGGGAACAAGACAAUCAUCUGAUGGAAGUAACCUUUAGGAAGUUUAUGAUAUUGUUUUAGGAUAAAACUAUACUUAGUUUAUUAUGAAUUGGGUAACAUUUCUUUCUUUGUAACUAUUUCUACAAUAGGAUUACAUUGGCUUCUAGCCUAUCCUUCUGUAACAUACAAUUGUUUCUCAAUUUAUUUUUCUAAAUUCCUUCCUAC